GCCUGUAAGUGUAUUAUCGCUCUUCCUUGUCACGCUCCGACAGCUCGCUUACACUAUUGUUUUUGUGACACGUCUCAAAGUGAUUAGCAUAUGAGAGGUUUGCCGAUGUAUUGAAUUCAACCGAGCUCUGCACAAACCCAGUAUAGUGUCUGGUAAUCGUAGGCUUGUGCCAAUGGCGACGUCUGUGGCAGCAGAGAAAGCGGACAAAUCCGCCGAAAAUCAGGGGAAACCUGGCGUUGAAGCGAUUGUUCCAUCUCCAAAUGAACAGAAGCCAUCAGCGAAGAAGACAGAACUUGCAAUUUUGAACUUUGUGAUAAAAUAUCUGAAGUUAGUCGGAGGUGCUUUGCUGAUCUGGUUUAUGGGGUGGUUUGGAUUGAGUUACGUCUGGAUCAUCUGCGGCUUUUUCGUGUAUGUUUUAUGGCGUAUGAAUCAGGACGAACGAAAGACUAGGAGACAGGCGUUCAGGGAAGCUGUAGAACGCGAGCAAGAAGUAGUUGAGGCGCGAAUGGAAGAUCUGCCAUCUUGGGUUUUCUUUCCUGAUGUGGAAAGAGCAGAAUGGCUCAACAAGAUGCUGGUUCAACUGUGGCCGUAUAUCAAUGACAUGGUGGUAAAGAUCCUGAAGGAACAAGUGGAACCAGAAAUUCAGAAGAAUGUGCCUGGAUUUUUGAGCUCCAUUUAUUUCAAAGAAAUCUCUCUUGGUGAAGUG